ACCGUCCAUUCUCCCGAACUCCGGAAUCUCCACGAGGCCCCACCCACCUCUCCACAUUCCGUUCCGCUGGCGUCCAAAACCCAGCGAGCUCACGUGACGCUGAUAAUAGUAUAGAUAGUAGCUAUAAGUUUGGCUACAAUUUUUUUCUUCUCUCUCUAUUUCUCACUUAUAUAUUUAAUAUAUUUGUCUUAGAAAUUGUGUUAAGCUAGCUCUUACAUAAAAGCUAACCUUCUUAAUUUUUUUUAUUACAUCUCUCCUCCACGUAAGCUUCUUAAUAGCUCCUAUUAUACUUGCUCUCAGUGGACGGCUCGGCUAGUAGUAGCCACGCACGCGAGGCCGCCCGCGAGCCACAUAUCGCGUCGCGCCGCGCCGUGCACAUCCCCCCCAACCCCACCCCAAUCAGGCACAAUCACGGCGCGCCGUGGCCGAGGCAUCAUCCAAUCAAGGCGAGGCCACCUCGACCUCGUCCUCGUGCCGUCCGCCCCCUUCGGCGAGCGCGAGCGCGCGCGCGAGGGUGAGAGGGAGGGAGGGAGCAAUGCCGCUGGCGCUGGCGCAGCUGCAGGACAUCGGGGACCGCAUCACCGACCGCCUCCGCCCGUGGAGCCGCUCCGCGGAGUUCUGGGUCCGCGCUGCCGACAUCUACACCAGCUACAAGGUGUGCCAGCUGCGCGCGGGGUUCGUCAAGGAUGAGGAGGAGCGGGAGGCCAUGUGGGAGCAGCAGCACGAGCUUGGUGCCCAGAAGAUGUACUCCCUCUGCUCCGAGCUCGGCGGCCUCUUCCUCAAGGCUGCACAAAUUCUGGGAAAGCCCGAUUUGGCGCCAAUGGCUUGGGUGAAAAGGCUUGUAACCUUGUGUGACAAUGCUCCAGCCACGCCCAUUGAUGUAGUUAGAGAUGUUGUGGAGAAACAGUUUGGCAAGAGCUUUGAUGACAUAUUUGAAUGCUUUGAUGUUGAGCCUGUUGGGUCUGCUUCCAUUGCACAGGUGCACCGAGCAAGGCUUAAACUAUCAAAAACAGAUGUUGCUGUCAAGGUUCAACAUCCAGGAGCUGAAAAACUGAUGAUGGUUGACAUCCGGAACAUGCAAGCAUUUGCAUUGUUCUUGCAGAAGUAUGAUAUCAAUUUUGACCUGUACUCUGCGACAAAGGAGAUGGAAAAGCAGAUAUGCUAUGAGUUUGACUUUGUGCGCGAAGCAAAGGCGAUGGAAAGAAUACGAGAAUUCUUACGCGUGACCAACAAGAAAAAGCCUCCAGUUAUAGUGCCUCGUGUGAUUCCUGAAAUGGUUAGCAGGGAGGUUUUGGUAAUGGAGUUCAUUGAAGGGACACCAAUAAUGAAUCUUGGCAAUGAAAUGGCUAAAAGGGGCAUUGAUCCUGGUGGUAAGAUUGCAACAAUGGCAAAGCAGAAAAUUUUAACAGAUCUUACACUUGCCUAUGGUCAAAUGAUUUUGAAGGAUGGUUUUUUCCAUGCAGAUCCACACCCAGGAAACAUCCUUAUCUGCAAGAACACAGAGGUAGCUUUGCUUGAUUAUGGACAAGUGAAAGCAAUGCCAGAGGAUUUACGACUUGCUUAUGCAAAUCUUGUAAUUGCAAUGGCUGAUGAUGAUUUUUUGAGGACUAAAGAAAGUUUCAGGGAGAUUGGUAUUGAAACAUGGAGUAUAGCUGAUAAUGAGCUAGAAGAAUUAUUUCAAUUAUCCCUUAGAAUGUUUGAUACUAGAUUACCACCAGGAGUAACUGCUAUGUCACCCUUCGCCGAGGAUUCUUCACUAAAUAAAGUUGGAGUGCAGAGCUUCCCUGAAGAGCUAUUUUCAGUGCUUCGAACUAUACAACUUUUACGUGGGUUGACUGUUGGGAUGGGCCUCAGAUUCUCAUGUGCUCAGCAAUGGAAGCCUAUUGCCGAGGAAGCUUUGUUGAAGUCUGGGAGACUAAAAGCUGCAAGAUCAAGAAGGCCGCGGAGAAGUUUUGUCAGGAGACUGUUUUCGAGUGACAACGAGAACCAAGGAACAUGAUAUUACAAUUGUUUCAUAUAACAAAUAUCAUGUAUUUUGAAGUGACAUUAAUAACAGGCUCAAGCCCAAUUUUUUAUGAUGCAUAUAUGCAUAUAAGACUACACAUAUUUCCUUUGUGCCA